UGUAUUUAUUCUGUACAUAUCAUAUUAUCCGUUCCUAUACCUGGCUAUGGACCUAUAUUGCUUUUGACACUCUUCAUUCACUUCAAAACCAGUCUGGUGACGCGAAACAAGAGUUUGUUAUCCUCAAACGCUUUGAAUUCGAACACGAGCGCGGUACUAUGUGUGUCAUUGCCCUGGACACCAAUACGUACAAACUCUAUGUCUUCUGCAAAGGUUCUGUGGAGAAGGUUACGCAGCUGUGUAGGCCGAGUGGCAUACCCAAUGCAACAUCACAUGUGGUCAAAAGCGCAGCAAAAAGGGGUGCGUAUGUAUUGGCCGUGGCCCACAAAAUGCUGGGCACAGUCCCCGAGCCCAAUCUUACCACAGAACAGAAACGAGCCACACGUACGUUUAUUGAAGGACGAAGGCUAUUAGGACUAUUCAUGUCUGUGUAUUUGUGA